AUGCCACAAUUAGCUAAACUUCAUAGCUAUGAAAAUAAUAAUUGGGAUGAAUAUUUAUCGCCAGCUGUUUUUGCCUAUAACACUGGUAUACACUCCACCACACAAUAUAGUCCUUUUCAAUUACAAUUUGGAAGAGAACCUCGUUUACCUAUUGAUAAACCUUCAUCCACUUAUUUAUUUCAUAAACCAAAUGAUUAUUAUGCCCAAUUACAAAAGAGUUUAAACAUUAUUCAUAAACUUGCACAUACGACUAUUAUUCAACAACAAGCGCAAUAUAAACAAUCUUAUGAUAAAUAUCGCUCUGAUCCUAUUUAUGAUAUUAAUGAUCAAGUUUUAACAAAAUUUCAUGGAUCUCGAUCUAAAUUAGAUCCUCGAUAUUCUAUUACACCACGGAUAAUUAUUAAGAAACAACAUCCUAUUUAUUGGGUUGAAGAUCAAACAACCCAAAUUGUUCAUCGUGUUCAUGUUAAUGAUAUUCGUCCUAUAGUUUUUGCAUCAGCAUAA